UGGUGUCAGGGUGAGUCCUCUCUUGCAGCAGGGUGCCUGGGAAGAGGGUCUGUCCUGCUCCUGGCCUUCUCCCCUCCCGCAGCCCCGUCCCCUUCAUUGUCACGAGGACUGUGGCGGGGAGGGGACCCUGCUGACAGCCUGGGUCCCUCGAGGAAGCAGUGGGUGCCCCGAAGGUGGAGCCUUGCAAGAGACUGGGCAUCACGGACAGCUCUUCUUCCCAGGCUCAGGACACGCCCGGCAAGGCUCACUUCCUGCCUCCUGAGUGCUGGAUCCCAGGCCCACGCCCCCACGCCUGGCUGAGUGGAGACCUGGGAAGACACUCCUUACCUGGAUGCCUGGGGUCCCAGUGUGGCCCUGAGCCCCGGCCCUCUCUGGGCUGCCGAGGAAUAUGGCCAGCACCCGCUGUAAGCUGGCGAGCUACCUGGAGGACCUGGACUGCACGGACUUCAAGAAAUUCAAGAUGUACUUAGAGGACUACCCCCCACAGAGCGGCUGCACCCCGCUCCCGAGGGGCCAGACGGAGCAGGCGGACCACAUGGACCUGGCCACCGCCAUGAUCGACUUCAAUGGGGAGGAGCAAGCGUGGGCCAUGGCCGUGGGGAUCUUUGCAGCCAUCAACAGGAGAGACCUGCACGAGAAGGCGAAGCGGGACCAGCCGCAGUGGGGUAACCCCACGGUGGAGUGCCGUGAAGACAGCAUUGAAGAAGAGUGGAUGGGCCUCCUGGGCUUCCUUUCCAGAAUCUCCUCUUGCAAAAAGAAGAAAGAUUUCAGCAGGGCUUACAGACGGCACGUGAGGAGCAGGUUUCACUGCAUCGAGGACCGGAAUGCGCGACUGGGGGAGAGUGUGAACCUGAGCCAGCGCUACACACGCCUGCAGCUGGUCCGGGAGCACCCCAGCCGGCAGGAACGCGAGCGGGAGCUGCUGGCCAUGGGAGGAGGCAGGCUGCGGGACGCCGCCCUGACGCCCCUCAGGCUGGAGUCGCUGUUCGACGCCGACCCCGAGGACGAGUCCGUGCACACAGUGGUGGUGCAGGGUGCGGCCGGCAUCGGGAAAACCAUCCUGGCCCGGAAGAUCAUGCUGGAGUGGGCAUCGGGGAAGCUCUUCCAGGACAGGUUCGACUACCUGUUCUACAUCCACUGCCGGGAGGUGAGUCUUGCCACGCCCCGGAGCCUGGGAGACCUGAUCGCCAGCUGCUGCCCUGACACCAGCCCCCCGGUGGGCAGGAUCGUGCGCAAGUCCUCCAGGGUCCUAUUCCUCAUGGACGGCUUCGAUGAGCUGCAGGGUGCCUUCGACGAGCACGCCGGGGCGCCCUGCACGGACUGGCAGGCGGCUGCACGGGGGGAUGUGCUGCUGGGCAGCCUCAUCCGCAAGAGGCUGCUGCCCAAGGCCUCGCUGCUCAUCACCACAAGGCCGGCUGCGCUGGAGAAGCUGCAGCACCUGCUGGAGCGGCCCCGCCACGUGGAGGUCCUGGGCUUCUCCAAGGCCCGGCGGAAGGAGUACUUCUUCAAGUACUUCUCAAGUGAGGCGCAGGCCCGGGCGGCCUUCGCACUGAUCCGAGAGAAUGAGGUGCUGUUCACCAUGUGCUUCAUCCCCCUGGUCUGCUGGAUCGUGUGCACCGGUCUCAAGCAGCGCAUGGACAGCGGCGAGAGCCUGGCCCAGACCUCCAAGACCACCACGGCCGUGUACGUCUUCUUCCUGUCCUGCCUGCUGCAGGCCCAGGGCGGCAGCCAGGGGCACCAGGCCUUGGCACACCUCCGUGGGCUCUGCUCGCUGGCUGCCGACGGCAUCUGGAACCAGAAGGUCCUGUUCGAAGAGAGCGACCUCAGGAGCCACGGCCUCCGGGAGGGGGAUGUGUCCGCCUUCCUGAGGAUGAGCCUGUUCCAGAAGGAGGUGGACUGCGAGAAGCUCUACAGCUUCAUCCACAUGACAUUCCAGGAGUUCUUCGCUGCCAUGUACUACGUGCUGGAAGACGAGGAAGCGGGCAGCUGGGCCGGGAGCCCUGCGGAGCUUCCCAGCCGGGACAUGGCUGUGCUCCUGGAAAACUAUGGCAAGUUCGAAAAGGGCUACCUGAUUUUUGUCGUCCGUUUCCUCUUCGGCCUCAUCAACCAAGAGAGGACCUCCUAUCUGGAGAAGAAACUGAGCUGCAAGAUGUCCCAGCAGAUCAGGGCAGAGCUGCUGAGAUGGAUCGAGGCCAAGGCCAAGGCCAAGAAGCUGCAGACGCAGCCCAGCCAGCUGGAGCUCUUCUACUGCCUGUUUGAGAUGCAGGAGGAGGGCUUUGUGCGCAGGGCCAUGGGCCACUUCCCCAAGAUCGAAGUCAGCCUCUCCACCCGCAUGGACCAUGUGGUGUCAUCCUUCUGCAUCAGGAACUGUCACAGCGUGCAGACCCUUUCCCUGGGCUUUCUGCGCAGUUCGCCGGAGGAGGAGGAAGAGGAAGAGGAGGAGGAGGAGAAGGAGGAGGAGGAAGAGGAGGAGCAGGAGGAGGAGGACAUGGAGGAAUGCUUGGGCCCUGCAGCCAACGGGGCUCACAGCUCGCCCAGAGGCCUGAGGCGCUCAGGGGGCAGGGAGCAGGGAGCGGGCGGCCCCAGGCCUGCCCACCGCGGGCGUGGGGAAUCGGGAGGGCCUGCCUGGCUGGAGGGCUGGAGGGGCAUCUUGGAGGAGAAACAGUCCAUGGCAGGCAGAAGGGAGCAAAGCAGUGAAGUAGCCAGCGGCCCCAGGAGCAGCCCUCUUUCUGACCCUCGUAGUCUAUCCAGGCUGCAUAGCCAUAGGGUGGGCAGCAUUCACACCCAGGGCGGGCCUUCCCAUUGUCCACAGCCAGAAAUAGGCCAAGCCAAUCCGUGGACUAAUGUAGUCACCACACAGCCUGGAUCCCAGCACCACACACCCUGGAUCCAGCCCCUCUGCAGAGCCCCACCUAUGACUGUACUGUACUCGAGGACGUCUAUUGUUUAUCUUACUAUGAUACAGACAAGUUCAGGAAGCUGGGAGAUGUUAGUGUUGGGUGGCCUCGGAGGUGCUUGCUUGUUAUUACAGCCAAGGACGAAGGAAGCUUCCUUGGAGCUGGGCUGCCCUGUGGCAUCAGGCAGUGUGUGUGUGGGGGGUCUGGUUGGGUGGUUUUCGGGUUUCCCCUCCCCGGGGAGCAAGUGGUGGGAGGCAGGGCCUGACUCUCCUGUCCUCACAAGGCUGGUGAGCUGCUGCCUCACGUCUGCCUGCUGUGAGGACCUCGCCUCAGCCCUCAGUGCCAGCUGCUCGCUGACCAGACUCUACGUCGGGGAGAAUGCCCUGGGUGACGCAGGGGUGGGCGCUCUUUGUGACAAGGCCGGCUGGUCCUCGUGUCGCCUGCAGAAGCUUGGCUUGGUGAAUUCCGGGCUCACGUCCACGGGCUGCUCUGCACUGGCCUCCCUCCUCAGGACCACGCAGAGCCUCACGCAUCUGUACCUGCGGGGCAACAUGCUCGGGGAUACAGGGCUCAAGCUGCUCUGUGUGGGGCUCCUGCACCCCAGCUGUGUGCUUCGGAUGCUGGAGUUGGACAACUGUAGUCUCACCUCGCACAGCUGUUGGGACCUCUCCACGGUGCUGACCUCCAGCCGGAGCCUGCGGAAGCUGAGCCUCAGCAACAACGACCUGGGCGACUUGGGCAUCACGAUGCUCUGCGAGGUCCUGAGGCAGGGGGCCUGUGUCCUGCAGAGCUUGCAGUUGAAUGAAAUGUACUUCAACUAUGAGACCAAGCGUGCGUUGGAGACACUGCAGGAGGAGCAGCCAGGGCUGAACCUGGUGUUUGAGCCUUCUUGGUAGGGCAGGAGCGGGACGGACCCCAUUCACCUGUGUCCCGACAGCUCAGCGGUGCAUGGGGAGCAGACGCUUCUGUUGCUGCCUCGGAGACACGGUUUCCGCCCCUGCUGGGGGAGGUGGCAGGAGGGGCUCACCGAGCUGCUGUCCCAGCGCAGCUGCUCAGCAGGGAGACACUGUCCUCCCUCACGUCUGUCCUCACCCCAAUUCUCUUUCUUUCUGCUUUCCCCUUAUUUAUUCUACUUACUUUGCCCCCAUCUCGUCCCUGUGUGUGUAACUGACUGUAGCACAGAACCCUUGACUCUAUGCUGCGCUGCAAUUUUGUGGCAGCUACUUAUUUAUUGUUAUAACAAUUAUGUUUUCUAAUAAAAGUAAUUCAUACUUAUUUUAGCUCAUUGAAAAUUCAGAAGUAUAUGAAACCAUUUUUUGGUAUUGAUCAAGUUAAAUGCUCUUAAUUUAAAAAAUGUGCCUAGAAAUCUUUAAAAUCAUUUAUUUAAACUACUAAUGUCGUUUACUUCCCUCAUUGCUGGGAUAAAAUACCCAACACCCACGACUAAAAGGAGGAGAGGCUGAUUUUGGCUCACGUAGUCACCUGGGGACGUCCCACUGGGCCUCACCUCCUGAUGGCCCCCUCAGCCCUUCACCAAACCUCCAGCAGAUGGGCGGCACGGGAAGCAACGUCUGAGCCCUAGCACCCGGGUCCAAGUCGUCUGUUCCAUCUCUGUCCCCCAGAGCUGCCAGUGGACCUGGGGAGCACGGGAGGAGAGGGAGGUGUCCCGGGCUGGGGCAGCGCCUGAACCUUCUUUGUGAGCUCUUCCUCCGUCCUUGCAGCGUUUCUCUCAGUCCCAGCAGAGCUUCCCCUGUAGCCUGGGCCGCCGUGGGCAGCUGGUCCCCUCAGGAGGCCCUUGCUGUGGGCCCCUGAGCUGCGAGUUCCCAGCCUCUGCUUCCAGCAGCCUCACUCCAGGCUCUGCGCAUUUAUCUGCGGUCCGCUUGCGGGGGUUUGCUUCCUUCGACUUUUCUGAUCUCUACCAGGUGGGCUCCUUUCAGUCCUGGUUUGCAGAGGCCUCAAGGCCAGGUCGUG